GUCUAUGUUACGUCGAAGUUCAGCGCCAAAACCGAAUCUACCUAAAGACGAAUUCAAAGCGUUGACUAACCUACGCAAUAAACCAGAACUCACGAUUCUCCGCGCAGAUAAGGGAAAUGCCACGGUAGUUAUGGAUACGUCAGAUUAUAAUUCUAAAAUACAAGAACUUUUGUUGGAUGCAAAUUGGCUCAACACUUAGCGAAUAUACUCUCACCGCUCAAGGGACAUACAAGAGCACACACAAAGGAUUCCUACCAUUUUGUCAGCGAGAUUAAAGACCUACAUCUGGCAGACAAUGAAACUAUGGUGAGUUUUGAUGUGCAGUCUCUGUUCACAUGCCUACCUGUUGAAGACUGCAUCUCGAUUGUUACUAGAAGGCUAGAGGAAAACAACAUGCCCGUAGAAUAUGCAGUAUUACUCAGACACUGCCUUACAUCUGGCUACCUAUUGUGGAAGGAGGAGUUCUACAAGCAAGUAGAUGGUGUGGCGAUGGGCUCACCUGUAUCUCCCAUUAUUGCCGAUAUAUUCAUGGAGGACUUUGAGGAGAAAGCCCUGCUUACUUCUCCCAUAAAGCCAAGAUUCUACAAGCGGUACGUAGACGACACUUUCACAAUUCUACCUUUAGAUAAAGUAACUGCAUUUUUAGACCAUCUUAACUCCUUAAAUUCUAAAAUUCAGUUCACAAUGGAGUUAGAGGCAAACAAUUCUUUAGCUUUUCUAGAUGUGUUAGUAAUUCGGAAUCCUGAUAACACCUUGAGCCACACUGUGUAUAGAAAAAAGACCCAUACAGAUAGAUAUUUAAACGGUGAUUCUCACCACCAUCCUUCACAGUUAGCUACCGUGGGUAAAUCUUUGUUACAGAGAGCACGAGGGAUCUGUGACAGUAAACACCUGGCCGCCGAGCUCCAACACGUCAAGCAAGUUUUGCACGACAAUAAGCUUCGGGUCCCGCGCCUACGUCACAGUGAACGAGUGAAGCCGGCCACAGUCGAGCGAGUGCCUGCUGUACUGCCAUAUGUCAGAGGUGUCACUGACAAGAUUGGCUACAUCUUGAAGCGUGCUUCCAUUAAAACAUAUUUCAAGCCGCCGAAGAAGAUUAGUCAGUUUUUACCAUCAGUCAAGUGUAAUAUUCCUCUGCAAGAUGCAGGAGUGUACAAGCUGGAUUGUGAAUGUGGUCUCUCUUAUAUAGGACAAACUAAAAGAUCCAUAAAAACCCGCGUUAAAGAACACAUAGCUGAUGUGAAGAAUAGACGCUCCGGGAAGUCUGCAGUCUGUGAACACGUACAGGAUCGCCCCCGUCACUACAUUAGAUUUGAUAGACCACAAAUCCUCGCUAAAGAACACCGAUUCCUUCCAAGGAUGAUUCGCGAGGCUAUUGAAAUCAAAAAACAUCCUAAUUUCAAUAGAGAAGAUGGCUGGGUGCUACCAUCUGCUUGGGAUCCCAUAAUUAAUAAAAUUAAAUCCCAACCCAAGCAUACAACUGCAAGACUUCAUGAUACUGUAAGUUCAUACUGCGUAGAUCGGAACAAAAAUUAAUAAUUUUUAAUCUGGAGGUAGCCGUGGUUAACUAUGACAUUGGGACGUCAUACACCUCAGUCCCCCCCGUGACCAUGGGUGCUGUAAAGUGCUUGAAACGUCGGGAAAGUAAAAUAAGUUAAUAUACGCGAUAAAAUCCGU